AUGUCCUCGGAUUCCGGUUCCGACAACGAUGAUCAAAACCCUAAUGCGAUCCUGAGCCCGAACUCGGGUUCAAUUGAUCUUUCGCUCGAUGCAAUAGAGAAUCAAUUGGAGUCAAUCUCAAUUACCUCUCAGGCCGAGACAAGAUCAUGUAAUCAACAAGAAGAGCGACUAAUAUUUACCAAUGGUUUGUUGGAUGAAGAAAGUGGAUCAAAAGAAGUGGUCUUGAGUGAUAGUAAUUUGAUGGGAGAAUCGUCUUCUGGGGUGAUUAUGAGCUCUUCAUCAGUCUGGAGAUAUAAUAGUUUAGAGGCGGAGGAAGUGGAGGCACCUUCUAGUCCGCAUAGCAGCGGGUAUGCAGGCGAAAGAGGGAGCAGUAAUGGUGCCACCAGUUUAGGUGAUGACGAGAUUCACCAUGAUUUAAUUCACGAGGCUGGGAACCCUGGAGUUUUGGGUUCUCAGGAGCAGUGGGUUCCCAGGGAACGUGACCUCAAUGAGGAUGAUGCUUCAAUUUCAUGGAGAAAAAGGAAGAAACACUUUUUUAUUUUGAGUCACUCUGGAAAGCCCAUUUAUGCUAGAUAUGGGGAUGAACACAAGCUAGCUGGAUUCUCUGCAACUUUGCAAGCCAUCAUUUCCUUUGUGGAAAAUGGGGGAGAUCGGGUUAAAGUCGUAAGAGCUGGGAAACACCAAGUAGUGUUUCUUGUGAAAGGACCAAUUUACUUAGUUUGCAUAAGCUGCACAGAAGAGCCUUAUGAAUCGUUACGGGGACAACUGGAAUUCCUCUAUGAUCAGAUGAUUCUUAUCCUUACAAAGUCUUUAAAUAGAUGCUUUGAGAAGAACCCCAAAUUUGAUAUGACACCUUUGCUUGGAGGAACAGAUGCUGUCUUCUCCUCUCUCAUCCAUUCUUUCGGUUGGAAUCCAGCCACUUUUCUCCAUGCAUACACAUGCCUUCCCCUUGCUUAUUCAACAAGGCAGACUGCAGGUGCCAUCUUGCAAGACAUAACUGAUUCAGGGAUCCUAUUUGCAAUAUUAAUGUGCAGACACAAGGUUAUCAGUCUUUGUGGUGCACAAAAAGCUUCUCUUCAUCCUGAUGAUAUGCUGUUAAUCUCCAAUUUUGUUAUGUCUUCUGAAUCAUUUAGGACGUCUGAAUCUUUCUCACCCAUUUGCCUGCCACGAUAUAAUCCCAUGGCUUUUCUAUAUGCUUAUGUGCAUUAUUUUGAUGUCGAUACCUAUUUGAUAUUGCUUACUACAAGUUCAGAUGCCUUUUAUCAUCUGAAAGACUGCAGGAUUCGUAUUGAAGAUGUUCUUCUAAAAUCAAAUGUUCUAAGUGAAGUUCAAAGAUCAAUGCUAGAUGGUGGCAUGCAUGUCGAGGAUUUGCCUAUUGAUCCUGCUUCUCGUUCCGGAACCAUGUUUUCUCAUCCAGAUCAACCAAGACCUGCAACAGACUCCCCAGAUAGAAUUGGGGAGACAUUUUUUGGGAUUGGUGGUCCUGCUGGACUUUGGCAUUUCAUAUAUCGCAGCAUUUAUCUUGACCAGUAUGUAUCAUCUGAAUUUUCAUCGCCAAUCAACAGCUUGAGACAGAAAAAGAGAUUAUUUAGGGCUUACCAAAAACUCUAUGAAUCCAUGCAUAAUAAAGGAAUUGGGCCUCAUAAAACUCAGUUUAGAAGGGAUGAAAACUAUGUUCUACUCUGCUGGGUCACACAAGAUUUUGAACUAUAUGCAGCUUUUGAUCCCCUUGCUGACAAGGCUUUGGCGAUAAAAACAUGCAAUCGGGUUUGUCAAUGGAUAAAAGACGUAGAGAAUGAAAUUUUCUUGUUGGGAGCAAGUCCUUUUUCAUGGUGA